AUGACAUCAUUUUGUAACAAAAGAAGCUUUCAAGGUCGAAAUUUGUCAAAAAGUAGGGUUUUUCUCAUUUUUUCUGUAAAAUUUCAAGUAUGUUUUGUUUUCUACUUCUAUUUUUUCGAUAAAAUCUGGCAAAUUCGAUUAUUUUUGGGGGGAAAACAAAAAAGUUUUGAGAAUUUUUGCACUUCUUUAUUUAAUGUCCUUGAACGAGUUAUAUUUUUUUUUGUUGGAAAAAAACUUGAAAAAAUUGUAUUUUCAAAAUAAUUUUUGGAUUAAAAAGAGGUCAAGUGAAAGUUACAACUUUUUUUUUUUGGCGAAAAAAUGUUGUUUUGCGCCCAUUUUUCAAAGAAGAUUAAUGUUUUGCCACUUUUUUCUAAUAAUAAAAUGAAAAAUCACACUUCCCUUCCCCUAUAAAAACACAAUUUCCCCAAAAUUUCGCAGAAGCCUCCUUAGCUCAGUUGGUAGAGCGUGAGACUUUUAAUCUUAAGGUCAGGGGUUCGAGUCCCCUAGGUGGCUUGACUUUUUUGUUUUUUUUUUGUAGACAAUCAGGUUUUUUGUUGUUAUUUUGUAGUAAUCAAUAAUGAUACCAAUUUAAUAGUAGGCAGGCAGGCAAGAAUUUUUCGUUUUUUCUUUAAAAAAGGUGGAAAAAGUGUGAUUAACCAGUUUUUUGUGUUAUAAUCAUUAUAGUUAUUGAUGAGAGAAGGAAUUGCGGUGUUUUUUUUUUGGUUUUUCUAUUCGCGCGAGAACGAGACUACGCUUUUACACCGUUUUUUCGUGCGAAAAUUCAAAUUUUUCUAUGAAAAUUUUCAAAAAUCAUGGUUUCCCUCGUUUUUCCAACGUUGCUCCGCUUUUACGUUGCAUUUCAUUCCAAAUUUUUGCAGAUUUUCUCUUGCCGGCUCGCAAACAAUCAUAUCUUUUCGGCGAUUCGCCAUUCCAAAUGCCGGCUUGUGAGUUUCAAACGUUGCUCCACGUUUACACCGUCAAAAAUCCCAAUCCAAUUUUUGCAGUAAAUGGCAACGGGAUUUCCUCUUCACAUAAUGCCGAAAAAUCGUCGCUGAAACGUGGAUUUUCCGAAAUGUCGUGUUGGCAGAUUGCCACGUCAGCGUUAUUGAUUGGUUUUGGAGCGCUUUUGCUGUUUGGCGGUUUGGUGAAUCACACCAUUUUGGUGCCCUAUUUUGUGAAAUUGGGAAUUAUGCAGGUACUUAGCCAACGCCACGUGGCUAUUUUGGCGCCUAAAAAUAAAAAUUUGAAUUUUUUUUAGAAAAAACUUAAAAUAAAUCACGUGACCUAGUUUUUUUUCGAAAAAAUAACAUUUUUUCCGGAAAAAAAUACGUGAAACCCCUUAUUUUCGAAUUUUUGACUUAUCACAACUACCUGUACGUAUCCUAACCAUGCUAUGACGUGGAAUAAAUCGCAAGCUUCCGCGUCAGCGGCCACGUGGAUUACUAUGAUAUGGUAAACGUCAUAGCAAUCCGCGUGGCCGCUGAAGCGGAAGCUUGCGGUUUACGAUGCUCCAUACUUCCACCGCUUGACUGCCUGAACCUCAAAAUUUCAGCCAAAUUUGAAUUUUGGCUGAAAUUUUCGGGUUCUCGCGCAGGGGAACCUAUCGUCAAUUUUUUUCGAGCGAAGCGAGUGUAAACCGGAAGCUUCCGCGUCAGCGGCACUGUCUUCCGCUUUAGCGGCCACACGGAUUGCUAUGACGUGGGAUAAAUAGCUUUAGCAAUCAUAUCCCACGUCAUAGCAAUCCACGUGGCCGCUAAAGCGGAAGACAGUGCCGCUGACGCGGAAGCUUCCGGUUUACACUCGCUUCGCUCGACCCGAGCGCUGUGCGCGAGUGUAGACCGCAAGCCUCCGCGUAAGCGGCACUAUCUUCCGCUUUAGCGGCCACGUGGAUGGCUAUGACGUGGUCAUAUCCCACGUGGGAUAAAUAGCUUUAGCAACCACGUCAUAGUAAUCCACGUGGCCGCUAAAGCGGAAGACAGUGCCGCUGACGCGGAAGCUUCCGGUCUACACUCGCGCACAGCGCUCGGGUCGAGCGAAGCGAGUGUAGACCGCCAGAUUCCGCGUAAGCGGCACUGCAUACCUCGGCCAACCCGUGGUGGAGCAGGGUACAAUUUUCAAAAAAAAAUUUUGAAAAUUUUUAGAGUACAGAAAAAAUUUCCAUGGAACUUGAAUCAGAUCGAAAUUUUUCAGUUUUAUAGGAACUCUGUCAUAUCUGGAUCACUAACUUUCUAAAUACAACGUUUCACUUCAAAAUUCAAUGCUUGAACUAUUUUUAAAUCGAAAAAUACUGAUUUUUCGUUUUUCAAAAAAAUUGAUUUUUUCAAAACUCAAAUUUUUGAAAAAUUACAUACUCUGGUUGAAAUUUUUUGUUGAUUCUAGCGACUAGACCGCAAAAAAACGCUACCUAAGUCGAAAAAUCCAUUAAAAAUUUUUCGGGACAACUCAGGACUCAACUCGUGGGCCAAAAAACACAUUUUUGAUCAUAACUCAAUUCAGGCUGAAUGAAAUGUAAUCAAACAUAUAACCAUAAUGUAGAGCGCGAAAAAUUAAUAUAAGUCUCUAUUUUGACUUUUUUCGAAAAUUGAACCCGAACUCGAAAAAACGCUACUUUUCAGAUUCGUGGUUCAGCCAAUGCAAAAAUGUAUAGGAACCACGAUUCCAGUUUGCGGUCUAAUCGAAAACAUUUUCCCAACAUUUUAUGCUUGUUCUAGCGUUCUCAGACCCUUAAGUUUCUACAUAUAGAGUUUCAGAUUAAAAUUUCAAGUUUCAGCCAGUUUUUUUCUAGCUUUAAAUUAUUUUGCGAAAUUCUCAUUGAUUUUAUUGAAAGGGAUAGAAAACAGCGAUCUUGAAUAUGAAAAUUGAGAAGGGGGAAGAAAUCGCCUCCAUGGUGUAGUGGUAAGGCGUUGAGCUGGCUUGUGGUGUGGUGUGGGUUCGAAUCCCGCUGCCACCCAAACUUUUUUUUCGAAAAUUUGAAUUGCGUUUUUUUGUAAACAGUUCUUUAUUUGAAAAAAAACUAACAGCCAAAUUUUUUUAGAUAUAAUUAUUACACCAUGGAGAAUUAAAUCAUAUUUCCCUGUUCUUUGCUCAAUCUUCUUUUUCAUUACACUGUCUUCCGUCGAUUUCUUUUUGACAUUUGAAUGGUCAAACUUCAUCUGAAAAGAAAACAACUAUCAAAACUGAUCAGUCUGAUCUAUUUUUCAAAUAACAUUGUUUCUGAAAACUAAUUUCACAUAAUUAGAAAACGGGUCGAUUUUUGCAUUUUGGCAUUUCACGAUGUUCAGUUUCAUUUUUGUUUUUAACUUAACAAUUGUUGGUUGAACCUGCAUUUUUUUUACGAAAUCUAACUAAAGCACGAAUUUUCAAGCUUGUGUUUAGCAGACAAAUCAGAUAUAACCCCGAAUAUAUCCAUUUAAACAUUAAAUCUAUUAGAAGAAAAAAAUUUCGAAUUCAGGGUAGAGUACAAUUUUUACAAAUUUCACUCCAAAAAUCUAGAGUACAAUUUUAUUAUUUUGAAACCACGAUGUUGGCCGAGGUAUGCGGCACUGUCUUCCGCUUUAGCUGCCACAUGGACUUCUAUGAUCCCUUGCCACGUCAUAGUAAUCCACGUGGCCGCUAAAGCGGAAGGCAGUGCCGCUGACGCGGAAGCUUGCGGUCUACACUCGCUUCGCUCGACCCGAGCGCUGUGCGCGAGUGUAAACCGGAAGCUUCCGCGUCAGCGGCACUAUCUUCCGCUUCAGCGGCCACGUGGAAUACUAUGACGUUGGUCCCACGUCAUAGUAAUCCACGUGGCCGCUAGAGCGGAAGACAUUGCCGCUAACGCGGAAGCUAACCACACGGAAUGUUUCCAGAACUCUCAACUCGUGCCCGAUUCAAUUCUCUGGUCAAAAUGGACCAAACCCGAAUACAAGAUCAGAUUCAAUCUCAACGUAUUCUCCGUCAAAAAUCCCGAUCAAUUUAUGCGCGGCGAAAAACCGCACGUCAUCGAAACCGGCCCUUAUGUUUUCAACAAAAAAAUGGAGAAUCGAGUGAUUUCUGCUGGAAAUGGAACCGUCAAAUAUCAUCGUAUCAACACGUUUCAUUUCAACGAAAAAGAGUCGUGUCAAACGUGUAUUUUGGGCAAUCGAAUAUGGGUUCCGAAUAUGAUUUAUCAGAAGUUUGUCGAAGCUGCGUCGACGGAGGGAAUGAAGGCGGCGGCGACGACGCUUUUGUCGCAAACCGCGUUUUUGGGUGAGCAUUUUGACACCAAAUAUGACUAGAAUUAAUUUUGGCGCGAAAAAUUUGAAUUCAAAGUUUCUCCCGCCAAAAAAAGCCACGUGGCGUGCUUCGCAAGCCCUGUUCAGACAGUUUUUGGCGGGAAAAAUUUUUAAUUUUGAAAUUUUCAAUUUGGCGCCAAAAUUUGCAUCAUUUUGAGAUCAAAUAAGGCUAGAAUUGAUUUUCGCGCGAAAAAAUUUGAAUUCAAAUUUUUCCCCGCCGAAAAACAGCCACGUGGCGUGCUUCGCAAGCCCUGUUUAAACAGUUUUUGGCGGGAAAAAUUUGAAUUUAAUUUUUUCGCGCCAGUGUAAACGCGGAGCAUCGUUUAAACGUGAUUUUCCAUCAUUUUUCCUCGUGUAAACGCGGAAUAUCGUAGUUUAAACGAUACUCCAUGUUUACGGGGUCAAAUUUCACGAUUUUCCCCACUAAAACCCUAGAAUUUUCCUUGCAGAAGUCGAAGUUGACGAACUUCUCUUCGAAGGCUACAAAGAUCCAUUUCUCGACAAAGUCUGCGAAAUUCCAUUCAUGAAUUUUGUCUGCGAAGCAAUUUUGGAUAUUCCCGACAGAAUUGGCCUGUUUUAUGAGGCAAAUAAUACGAAUUCGAAAAUUUUCGAAAUCGAUGAUGGAACCAAAAAUGCAAAUGAUUUGGGCAAGAUUUUGAAAUAUGAUGAUGAAGAGGAAUUGGAUGAGAGUUGGUGAGGGUUUUUUGUUACUUUUAAAUAUUGCGAAAAUCGCUUCUGAACCUAAAAAAUCCAAUUUUUCAUUAAAAAUCGCUUCUGGGCCUAAAAAAUCCAAUUUUUCAUGAAAACUUUGGUCUUAGCACGAUUAUUGAGCUUAUGCACCUUUAAAAAUCGCUUCAGGACUCAAAAAAUCAAAUUUUUUAUUAAAAUUUUGGUCCUUACACGAUUUUUGAGCCUCUGCACCUUUAAAAGCUUGAAAAUUCGUGUCAGGACCCGAAAUAUUAAAUUUUACAUGAAAAAUUGGGUUCUGACACGAUUUUUCAUCUAAAAAUCGCUUCUGGACCUAAAAAAUCCAAUUUUUCAUGAAAAUUCGGUCUUGACACGAUUUUUCAUCUCAUGUACCUUUUAAAACUCUAAAAAUCGCUUCAGGACCUAAAAAAUCCAAUUUUUCACUAAAAAUUGGGUCCUGACACGAUUUUUGAGCCUCUGCACCUUUAAAAGCUCAAAAAAUCGCUUCAGGACUCAAAAAAUCAAAUUUUUUAUUAAAAUUUUGGUCCUUACACGAUUUUUGAGCCUCUGCACCUUUAAAAGCUUGAAAAUUCGUGUCAGGACCCGAAAUAUUAAAUUUUACAUGAAAAAUUGGGUUCUGACACGAUUUUUCAUCUAAAAAUCGCUUCUGGACCUAAAAAAUCCAAUUUUUCAUGAAAAUUCGGUCUUGACACGAUUUUUCAUCUCAUGUACCUUUAAAAACUAUAAAAAUCGCUUCUGGACCUGAAAAAUCUAAUUUUUCAUUAAAAAUUUGGUCUUGACACGAUUUUUGAUAUCCUGUACCUUUAAAAACUCUAAAAAUCGUGCCAGAACCCAAAAAAUCAUGAUGAAAAUUCAAAAAUUUCGCUCCAAGACCUAAAAACCCCGAAUUUUUCACCCUAAGCUCUCCAAAAUUCCAACCAAAAUCCAAUUUUUCCAGGUGGUCCACUUCCGAAUCACGUCAAAUCCAUGGAACCGACGGUUCCCUUUUCAAACCAUUCAUCUCAAAAUCCGAUAAAUUAUACGUUUUCGUUGUUGAAUUAUGUCGAACAAUUUGGCUGGAAUUUGAAAAAGAAGUCGAAUUUCGAGACCUAAAAGCCUAUCGAUUUAUUUUGCCGAAAGAAGUUUUCGAUUUGCAAUAUCCUGGAAAUCAAGGAUUUUGUAAUCCCACGGAAAAAGAAAUAUUUCCAAUUGAAAAUGUCAAAAAUAACACUGAAAAUUGCCUACCGCACGGUCUUUUGGACAUUUCGAAAUGUCAACGCGGUCAACCGCCCAUCGCCAUUUCCCUACCCAAUUUUUUGUAUGCCCCGAAGUUUGUGGCUGAUAGUAUUGUUGGAUUGAAGGAGAGUAAUGUGGAGAGUGAUAGUAUUAUUGUGGAUAUUGAACCGGUAGGGCCAAUUUUCGCGCCAAAAUUUGAAUUUCGCGCGAAAAAAAUUGAAAUUGACGCAAAAAUGCAGAUUUUCAGGGUUUUCUGCAUUUUCGCGUCAUUUUCAGUGUCAAAACAUUGAAAUUGACGCAAAAAAUGCAGAUUUUCAGGGUUUUUCUGCAUUUUCGCGUCAUUUUCAGUGUCAAAACAUUGAAAUUGACGAAAAAAUGCAGAUUUUCAGGGUUUUCUGCAUUUUUGCGUCAUUUUCAGUGUCAAAACAUUGAAAUUGACGAAAAAAUGCAGAUUUUCAGGGUUUUCUGCAUUUUCGCGUCAUUUUCAGUGUCAAAACAUUGAAAUUGACGAAAAAAUGCAGAUUUUCAGGGUUUUUCAAACCUAAGCCCCGCCCCUUUUUCUGAUAAGAAAACUGUGCCAGACUUGCAAAAUUAGGCUCCGCCCCUUUUUCUGAUGAGAAAACUGUGCCAGACUUGCAAACCUAAGCUCCGCCCCUUUUAACUGUGCCAGGAUUGCAGAAUCCAAGCUCCGCCCCUUUUACCUUGUAAAAAACUGUGCCAGGAUUGCAGAAUCCAAGCUCCGCCCCUUUUACCUUGUAAAAAACUGUGCCAGGAUUGCAGAAUCCAAGCUCCGCCCCUUUUACCUUGUAAAAAACUGUGCCAGGAUUGCAAAAUUAGGCCCCGCCCCCUUCCCGCCCCCAAAAAUUCAAAUUUCAGCGAAUUGGCGCCGUCCUAUUUGCACGGCGUGUCUCUCAAGUCAACGUGGAGAUGUGGAAGGGAAAAAAUUUGAGUUUUCCGUGAGUUUUGACACGAUUACUGUAUGUACCUUUAAAACCCCCCCUGUAAUUUUCCAGGGUGAAUUUGAAGAAAAUGAACUCGGCUCUGAUUCCGGUGCUCAAAGUGGCCGAAACGUCGGAAAUCGAUGAUGAGAGUUUGCAAACGAUCAAAUCGGACCUGUAUGAUAUGGAAUGGUGGGUUUUUUUGGGUUUUGGGGUGGAAAAAUCGCGUCGGGACCUGGAAAAUCGGAAAAUUUGCGAAAAAUUGAGCCCGGGACGAGUUUUGGGACGUUUUUUAUCGAAAAUUGGGUCCUGACACGAUUUUUCAUCUAUAAAUCGCUUCUGGACCUAAAAAUUCCAAUUUUUCAUCAAAAAUUAGGUCCCGACACGAUUUUUCAUCUAAAAAUCCCGAAAAUUUCAAUUUUUCAUGGAAAAUUCGGUCCUGACACGAUUUUUCAUCUCCUGUACCUUUAAAAACUCUAAAAAUCGUGCCAGGACCCGAAAAAUCCAAUUUUUCACUAAAAAUUUGGUCCUGACACGAUUUUUCAUCUAAAAAUCGCUUCUGGACUUUAAAAAAUAGGAUUUUUCAUCAAAAAUUAGGUCCUGACACGAUUUUUCAUCUCCUGUGCCUUUAAAAACUCCAAAAAUCGCUUCUGAACCUAAAAAAUCCAAUUUUUCAUCAAAAAUUGGGUCCUGACACGAUUUUUCAUCUCCUGUACCUUUAAAAACUUUAAAAAUCGCUUCUGGACCUAAAAAAUCCAAUUUUUCAUCAAAAAUUGGGUCCUGACACGAUUUUUCAUCUAAAAAUCGCUUCUGGACCUAAAAAAUCCAAUUUUUCAUCUAAAAAUCGCUUCUUGACCUGAAAAAUCCAAUUUUUCAUCAAAAUUUUGGUCUUGACACGAUUUUUCAUCUCCUGCGCCUUUAAAACCCCCGAAAAUUCCCAAAAUUCCUUACAGGUACGCAUAUUUGGCGAUGAAAAUCCUAAUGAUCCUCGGAGCCAUCACAUUGGCUCUCGGCCUCAUUUCCCUCGCAUUUUUCGUAAGUUUUUUUUUCGCGCCAAAACCAUUUUCGCCACGUGGCAUUUUUUUUUUUGCAGCUCGGCCUAUUUGAUGGUCUACUCGGCCGCCGGCGGCCUAAAACCACCGACUCCCGGCCACCCUACAUUCCCAAAGGCGAACCGUUCAACUAG